AGUCGAAACCAAUCUGAAACCGGACCUGGCUCUGCGUCGGAAGGCCGUGAGCGAUUCCUGGAUAUUUUCCCCGGUUGCUUCCCUAAUCUAUAAAUCUUUUUUCGCUCUUCCGUCUCGGUCUUCGUCUUUGAAACCCUAGGCGUUGUAGCCCUAGCUUUACAUUAUUAUUCUCGGAAUUUACUUGAAUUCCUCGUCGCCAUGGGGGAAGAUCAGCCAUCUCCGUCGUCUUUCCGCAGCAAGCGACAGAGAUCGUCAGUCGAUGCGACGGAUGAUGACCCCAAGCGCAGGAAGAGCCAUCACCACCGACAUCACCACCGCCAUCGCCAUCAGAGCAAGCAUGGAAGAUUUCGGGACGAAGAGGAGGACUUGGCUAAUUUCACGGAUAAGAAAUUGAAUCAUGCGUCGAUGGUGAAACCCGUUGAUUAUGAACGGGAGGAGGGAGAGAUACUUGAAGAGGAAGAAGAAGAAGGUGGAAGGGAAGGGCCUGGGCUGGCCAUGGAAGCUGAUUCUGAAGUUGAAUCUGGGGAAAUUAAGACGGACCCCGUGUCUCCGGUUCUCACGAAGGAACUCUCAUGCGAGGAAGAUUUGCUCCAAGAACACCAAUUAGACAAUUUAAAUGCUGAAAAGAGCAUUGUGAUCCUGAAUUGUCGUGGAAAAGAAAAUGAUAGUAGUAAAUGUCAUUUAUUUGAUAAAAUUUUGGAUACAUCAAAUAAUACUGGUGAGUUUGGAGAUUUAGCUGGAGGUGAAUCAAGAAAAAAGUCAAAGCCAUUUAUCAAAUCAGCUGAAAAAGAUGAUCACAGGAUUAUUGAUCUAAAUGACUUAGGUCAUAAAGAGGGAUCAAUAACUCCGGUUUCCAAAGAAAGUUCAUAUUGGUUGAAGCAUGCAGAUAAGGAUGAUCACUUGAACAGAUAUUCUGACUGUACUUCUAUGAAAGUUAAAUCUAAACAAAAAUUGGAGCAAGAAGAGGAUGAAAGAAGAGGAUCAUCCAACAAUAAUCGAUCCCUUUCUCCUAGAAGUUCAAAGGAAAGAUGCAUUGAAGCAGCCCAAUCAUCAUCUUGUGAAGUUGGUAACAAGGAUCUGUCAGUAUCUGAUGGUCAUACAAGUGGAAGAUUGUAUGAGCAACUUCAAGAAACUGAUGCAGAUGAGAGUGUUCAAAUGAUUCGGUCUGAAAGGUGGAUUAGAGAAAGAAAUAAUUCUGAUCAUGAAAGGAGUAGCAGGUAUGGUAGUUUGGAAAAAUACAAAAGUAGAAGCCAGGCAGUUGAUAAAGGGAACUAUAAGGAAAGAGAAGGUAGUUUCUAUGGAAAACAUGAUGUGCAUGAUUACAGACACAGCAGUCAAGACAGAGCAAAGGAACGAGUUGACCGAAGGCAUGGCAGUCAAGACAGAGGAAAUGAAGUGGAAAGGCGCAGCAGUGGGUAUAGAGAUAUGGAUAGCAAGAAAAGCCACAGUUCGAAUAGAUAUGAUGAACGUGAACAUAAGCAUGAUCGUUUGUACAAGGAGGGGGAUAGAGAUAGAGGGAGUAAAACUUAUAGUAGAAGGGAUAGAGAAAGGGAGAGAGAGAGAGAGGAGAGAGAGAGAGAUAAGAGUAGGGACCGAUAUAAAGAGAGCGAAAGGAUUAGAAAUGUCAAAGGUGAAAGGGAAAGGGACGGUGAUGGCACUGAGAGAGAGACUAUUCGAAUUAGAGAUAAAAAAACAAAUUCACAUAGUGACAGAGAGAGAGUUGAUGAAAGGGACAGAUACCGGAGAAGUAAUCAUGAUAGGCCAAGGGAUUCUAGGCAAUCCAAACAUGAAGAUACAGAAUACCGGAAGGAGAGAACAAGAGUUAAAACUGCUACUAUUAAUAGUCAUUAUUUUGAAGAAGAAAAGCAGAAUUCUUUGAGGGAGGAAGAUGAAGAAUAUCAAGGGCGAAUUGAGCAGCAACUUGCCAAGCAGGAUGAAGAAGAUAUUGAGAAGAUUAAGGAAGAGAGUAGGAAGCGAAGACAAGCCAUCUUGGAAAAAUAUAAACAGCAGGAAAAUCAGAAUCUUAAACCUCAACCUAAUGCUCAUGAAAAAGAGGAGUUGUUUUCUAUGGAAAAGGAUGGUAUGCAACAAGUUUCCCAAAAAUUCAAUGGUGUUAACAAAACUGAGAAGCCUGUGGAACAGCAUGAUCUUUCAGAUGCAUUAGUUGUUGACCCAUCUUUUAUUGUGGGCAAAUCACCUGUACAAAAUGGUUUAUCAGUUCCUGAGAACACUGGUGCUACAUGUGCGCUUGGGGAGGGUAGUCCAAAGAGUGAGAGGUCAACAGAUAUGUUUUGUGAUGACAUAUUCGGCGAAUCCCCUGCUGGUGUUCGGAAAGUGGGUAAGGAUGAUUUUAUGAAGAUUGAUGGAAAUGGUCUUCACGACAACUGGGAUGAUGCUGAAGGCUACUAUAGUUAUAGACUUGGGGAAGUGCUUGAUGGUCGUUAUGAAGUUAUUGCAGCACAUGGUAAAGGAGUUUUUUCAACCGUUGUGCGUGCGAAAGAUCUGAAAGCUGGAAAAAGCGAUCCCGAAGAAGUUGCCAUUAAAAUUAUUAGGAGCAAUGACACUAUGUACAAGGCAGGCAUGGAAGAGCUUGUCAUUCUGAAGAAGCUUGCUGGUGCAGAUCCUGAGGACAAACGCCACUGUGUUAGGUUUCUUUCAAGUUUCAAGUAUCGGAAUCAUCUUUGUUUAGUUUUUGAGUCUCUUCAUAUGAAUCUUCGUGAGGUUUUAAAGAAAUUUGGUCGUAAUAUUGGGCUUAGACUGACUGCGGUGAGGGCCUAUGCAAAGCAGCUCUUCAUUGCGUUGAAGCAUCUAAGAAAUUGUGGAGUUUUGCACUGCGAUAUAAAGCCUGAUAAUAUGCUGGUGAAUGAGGCUAAGAACGUGCUAAAGCUUUGUGACUUUGGCAAUGCCAUGUUUGCUGGUAAGAAUGAUAUUACACCAUAUCUUGUUAGCCGCUUUUAUCGCGCCCCAGAAAUAAUUCUUGGAUUGUCAUAUGACCAUCCCUUGGACAUUUGGUCAGUUGGCUGCUGUUUGUUUGAACUGUACACCGGGAAAGUCUUGUUUCCUGGCCCUUCUAACAAUGACAUGCUCCGCCUCCACAUGGAGUUGAAGGGUCCUUUUCCCAAAAAAAUGCUUCGAAAGGGUGCAUUUAUAGAUCAGCAUUUUGACCAGGAUUUGAAUUUCCAUGCCACGGAGGAUGACCCUGUUACAAAGAAGACCGUGAAAAGGCUUCUUCUCAAUAUCAAACCAAAGGAUAUUGGCACUCUUAUUUCAGGCUCUACUGGGGAGGACCCCAAAAUGUUGUUGAAUUUCAAAGAUCUACUUGAAAGAGUAUUUGCACUUGAUCCAGAAAAGAGGAUGACAGUAUCACAAGCAUUGAGUCAUCCAUUCAUCACGGCGCUUUGGGUUCGGUUUGGAGUAUGUUUGCAUCCAUGAGGCCUGGAAAAGGGAUGGUGGUUGAUUUGAAGGCCUUGCUAGUUGCGGUUCUUAUUCGUGGGAUGUGUUCUGUUUUCUUGUAAGACAACUAGCCAAAGGGUUUUUGCCAGUCUAUUCGCUAUCACUUCAAUGUAUUAGAUGCCAAGACAACUGAAAGAAGCCUCUUCACUGGAGUUGGCUGGAUGUUCAUCUCGUGCCAGGGAAAGCUUAACAUGGGAAGAAUUUUCUUCUUCCAAGGAAUGCAAGUUUUCCGUGCACACUUUCACGGUAGUUUUUCUUAGGUUGGGAAGAUUGCUGGAGAUGGUAGCUGGCUUGUGUCCGUGAUGGCUUCUUCUAGCACCCUACUCCUGCUUGAAAGAUGUUGGGAUAAUGAUGUGGGACUACAAUGUUUAAAAUAAUUUGAUAAGAACUUGCACGACUUAUUGGUUAGAAUAAUAAUGAUUAGAACUAUUAGCAAAUAAAAACGACAAAAUAAAACGUAAGAGCGGUCACUUCCGUUUAAGCUAAGUUGCACAAUAAGAGCUUUGAAUUAUCAAAAUAACAAUGAAAAUCAACGACAUGCAAAUAUAAUAGCUUUCAACGAAAAUCCCUAAUCUAACAAUAAGAUUAUAAACAAAUGAGGUGCACUCAAUCCUACGCUUAUUAGGUUUUGGGCAACGGCGAAACAAAACCCUACGUUUACUAGCUUAGGCAAAGGCGAGGCUUGGCUUCUUGUGAAUCGUCAUCACCUACAAGAUUAGGGGAUUAGAAAGAUAAUUUAAAAAAGGAAAGAAGCUCACCCUUAUCAACACCCGGAAACAAGUAGUUGAGAGGUUGAAGAUGUUCAUUGUAGCUCCCUUUGAAGGUUCAAUUGGAAAAAAUGAAAUUUCUCCCACGCGUUGAAGUGUUGAAAGUAAUGAUCCUUGGCUCGCCUUGAAGAAUCCCCUUGAGAGAGAAUUUUCUCUCAAGAAAUCAAGUGGAGGGAAGGAUGGGAGGUGGCUGGCCAAUGGAAGAAACUUGGAGAAGAAUUAGGUUCAGAAUUUCAUAAUUAGGUUUAAAGUUUGGAGUGGGAAAAUUAGGUGGGAAGGCUGAAAUUUCUUUCCAAAUCAAAGUCCUUUUAAUUUGGCAAGAAUUUGAAUAGCCUAAGAGGGGGAGAGAGGGGGCGGUUAAGGCUGAAUUUGGAUUUAAUUCCAAAGAAAGAGGUUUAAUUUUGGAAAGGGAAUUUAGGGGUGGGCCCUUCGGGAAUUUCGGCCAAGAGAAAGAGAGGGGCCAAGUGUUUAGAUGCAAUGUAUUUGGAAUUAAGACUUUAAUUAAUCAAUCUAUCAUGAUUUGAUUGAUUGAUUUAAAUAAGAACCUUUCCAAAAAUAGGGUUAAGAGAAAAGGAAAGAUUUGAAAUCUAAAAUUGAUUUAUUUCAAAUUCAAAUCCUUUCCAAAAAUAUGUUGACUUAAAGAAGGAAAGUGGUAAAGGAAUUCCAAUUAACUUGAAAUUCAAAUGGAGUUUAAUUUAGGAAACUUUUUUAAAAUAGAUUUAUUAAUUUAGGAAAUAUUUUAAAUUUCAAAUUGGAUGAAUUUGAAUUCAAAAUCUGCCCAAAUUAUAUCAAUCUAAAAUAGGCAAUGGAACUCCAAGGGGAAAGGGAUCAAGGGCCGGCGGCUUGCUUGGGUUCGGGAAUGGGGGCCAGCGGUUAGGUGGGGAUGUAUGUGGAGCUCGGCGAGUAAGGGGAACGAAGCUUGGUGAAGGUGGAGUUUUUGGCGUAAACAUGGUCGGUUGGGUGAAGAGGGCCAGUGUUGGUGGUGGGACGGUGAAGGGAAAGAGAUAGAAAAUUAAGAACACGAACCCGACUCUUCUAGGUUGGCGGGUGAUGCAUGAUUCUCCUUCUCCUAGGGAUCCUUCUCCUUAGUCCUCAAGCUCUCACAAGAAAGUAACAUGCUGAAUUUUUUUUUUAUAAUCAUUCAUUCAUUCAUUAACUUUAGAAGAAGAACAUAAGGGCUAUAAAUAGCCUCGAACAAAAGGACUCAAAGAUAAAAGAAGACCUUGCCCUUAGGGCUUACAAACGACUUUCCUUAAGGGGUAAAAACAGGAAAAAUAAAUACAACAUAAAUAACAAAUAACAUAAUAAAACAAAUACAUGACAUAACUCAAAAAUACAUCGACGUAAUCGUGGCCGCAGAUGUUGGCCACGCCUCUGAUAUACGUUCCCUGCUCUGAUGUCCCCAUCAGAUAAAUGUUAAUGUAGUUUCAUGAAGGAAGAGGGUUCCAUAACUCUUACAAAGAGUCACUAAUCUUCUGGCCUAGCUGGCAAUCUCCAAAUUUAUGCUGGUGGUGCAAUAGACUUGCUAACGACGUUCUUUAUUAUCUUCUUUUAACAUAUGGUUUUACUCUCCUUUAUAAUACAAAACUAUAUUUCAAGGUGUUGUGAUACCUAUAUGUGAUAGGCUUAAUAGCUUGAGCAUAUAUAGACUAGGUUAUUACUUACAGAGUUAAUGUUGGAUACCCAAAAUGGAGAAGUUUCUCAGGCGUUUUAUAUGAUAAUAGAAUAUCAUAUGGCUUUAAAGGUAAAUUUUAUGAACCUCAAUUAGAUUGUUAAUGUAUGAAUUCUAAUGUUGGGUUGUAAAUGUCAUUGAUGUUUAAGUUGAGUGUGUAAAAUGAGAAUUUUGAGAAGGAUACGUGGCAAAAUGAUGAAGGAUAAAUUAAGGAGUCAUUUUAUUAGAGGAGAUGUUUGAGUUACAUUUAAUUGGAAACUAGGUGAUUGAACAUCAAUAUAGGUCGUUUGGUUAGGACAUAUGUAAUGAAUGGUAGAAAAUGCUUCAAUUAAGAGGAGACAUGAUUAUAUGGAUAUAAAUUCAAAAUGAUUUCCAAAGAAUAGGUAUAAUACCUUAGUACUAACAUGAACAAAAUUAGGAUUUAUAACAACACCUUGAAUGUUUGGAUAAGAUUAAUGAUGAUGAUGAUGUAUUAUAAUGAUUUGAAUAAAUACACUUUUUAGUAGAAUUUUGAUGAAUCAAAUGAUUGAAGAAGUAUUUAUCAAGGUUUAAAAAGGCGAAAUUGGGAAUUGAGGCAUUUUUUAUUUAGCGAGGCAAGGCUUAAGCCUCAAGGCGGAUCGAGACGUAAGCCUAAAAAACAGAAAAAUAAAAAACACUUGAACUUACAAAUAAUUCAUAAAAAUGAAAUAAAAUAUCAACAUAUUUAUUUAAUUCGUAAGUAUAAAGAUAUAUACUACAAAUCACAAUAUUAAAUGUUAUUAUAAAAUGAAAAUUUGAAAGGAGAUUCAAAGUAAAUAUUCAUUUAAUACUUAAAUACACCAUAAAGAUUAGAAUCCACGGCAGCCUCAUACUUACUUUCAUAUUCUUCCAAUAGCCCUCAUAUGUAAUAAUUAUAUCAUCCUUGAAGUUUGACUCGUUGUCAUCUUCUAAACAUUCUUCAAUCAUAAUAUAUAUUUUCAACUCUCCAUAUUUAUUAACAUUGGAUUCAAUGUAAUAUAAAAUAAAACAACAUAUUAAUAAC